AUGCGCGAAGAAUAUUGGCCGAUUCAUGGACGACGAUUGGUCCGAAGCAUCAUUCGUAACUGUAUCCAAUGUGCCCGAGCAAAUCCCGUCCCGGUUCGUCAGCAGAUCGGCCAACUUCCAGUUGCUAGAGUCACCCCCAGCAGACCCUUCGCCGUGACAGGGGUGGACUAUGCUGGACCUGUAUACCUAAAGGCAAUACACAAGCGAGCUUCACCGACGAAAGCGUACAUUUGCUUAUUCAUCUGCUUCACAACGAAAGCUGUUCAUCUCGAGCUUGUGAGUGACCUUUCGACCCCGGCUUUCCUCACUGCUCUCCGACGAUUCAUUGCACGCCGUGGCCGUCCCUCCCACAUCCAUUCGGACAACGGCAAGAAUUUCAUCGGAGCAAAAAAUGAACUACACCAUUUGUAUCGCCGGCUGGCUGACCAGAAGGAAGUUGCGAAAAUUCAAUUCUGCACGGAAGAGCAAAUUACCUGGCAUCUAAAUCCCCCGAAAGCUCCACAUUUCGGUGGACUCUGGGAAGCCGCGGUGAAAGUAGCGAAGUCUCAACUAUAUCGGCAACUCGGAUCGUCGCGACUUUCUUUCGAGGACAUGUCAACAGUGCUGGCGCAGAUAGAGGCAGCAAUGAAUUCCCGCCCACUCGUUCCGAUGACAGAGGAUCCAGAAGAUUAUUCCGUUAUUACUCCAGCUCAUUUCAUCAUCGGAACGAGCAUGCAUGCUCUUCCAGACCCUGAUGUGAGCGAAACCAACUUGACUCGUCUAGCCCACCACCAACGUCUUCAGCACUUCUUUCAGCAAUUUUGGCAUUUCUGGAGAACGGAGUAUCUUCAAGAGCUCCAGAAAGAUACAACGCGAUUUCGAGCCAAUAACGAAAUUUGUCCCGGAAGACUAGUUGUAAUCAGCGAUGAGUUUCAGCAUCCCACCCGUUGGCCCCUUGGUCGGAUCGAAGCUGUCCAUCCUGGACCUGACGGUUUGGUUCGAGUGGUCACAUUGCGCACAUCAAGAGGAAAUAUCGUUCGGCCUAUAACAAAAAUUUGCCUCCUGCCAACAGAAACAACGAGAGUUGAAGACAAACAACCACCACGUUACAACCAAGACAUCAGCGGUGUUAGUCCUAUUAUCAACGAUUUGUAG